AGACUCAGGCUGCAGAGGAAAGAGAAAAGGACUGAACUCAGUCUCCACACAGCGGCAACAUGAAAGCAGUCAGAAAGCGACUCUGGUUGUUCGUGUCUCUUCAUUGUUUCCUGGUUGGCGGUUUAGUUGACUCCUCUUCGCUGUCCUCUGCCGCCCGCUUCCUGUCCGUCAGCAGCCAGGUGGGGCAGCAGGUGGUUCUUCCCUGCAGCUGGAAGUCUCGCCUGAUGGACGCCGCUCCGCCCGCCUGCCACAUCCAGUGGAAGAUGAUGGACAACAAUGUGUUCGAGCAGCGGAAGAGGGAGACGUGGGAGACGUGGCAGGCGGUGGAGUUCAAGGGCCGGGUGGAGGUCCCUAAGGAGAAGCUGGGGUCCGGAGAUUGUUCUCUGAUCAUCAACGACGUUCAGAUUAAAGACACGGGGAGAUACGAGAGCUACAUGGUGGUGGACGGAGACAGGGACGAAAAAACCAGAGUCUUCAUCCAGAGCGUCAAGCUGUCUGUGCUCGAUCACAAGACUCUCCUGUCUCAAUCCCCCGGUGAAGAUCUGGUUCUGGAUCUGUAUACCAAUCACUCAAUGAGAGUCGUCUUCCAGGGCAGAAACGGCUCUGAUUGGUCGGUGUUGUGGACGAGAGAAGACGAGGACAGCGAUCGUGUGCAGAAACAUCUGAACGUCAAUCAGCUGACGAUCAAACGUUUGAGCCAAUCAGACGAAGGGAUUUAUAAAGUUCUGGAUGAACACGGCCUGGCGGUCAGCACCGUGCAGCUCUCUGUCGACGAAAACUUAAUCUCUCGGAGACUUCAGACUCCAGAUAAACAACUAGCAGCCGAGGCCUACAGCAGCAGCAGCAGCAGCAGCGUCUCGGCUCUUCUCAUCUCGUCUCUCCUCAUCCUGAAUCAUCUCGUCUAAAAACAAACUUCACACUGACGAUCUCCCACCUGUGUCUGUGUGUGUGUGUGUGUGUGAGCCAUAAAUGAGCCAGCUGAACAGUGAGAGGAAACAUGUAAAUAUUAAUGACAUGUAUUAUAUUUCAGAUGAGAACGUCGACACCACUCUGUUAUUAUUUUAUAUUAAAAUAUGAAAAGUGGAGCCAGGAGACAUUCAUCAUCAACAUCUGGCUCCAGAAAUACUUUUUAUCUCUCUAAUUACAACCAGCUGAGUCUCAUUUCAUCAGUUCAAACACAAACCGAAGCGUAAAAAAGAAGAAAAGUUAUUAAUUUUUCCACUUUGGAGAAAUUAAAGCUUAAAAAACCUGAGCCACAU